AUGCCGCCCGGGUCGAGUCAGAAGGGCACUGGCAAGAAGAACUCUGCCGCCAUUCAGAAGCAGAGCCGCAACACGACGCCCGCCCCAGUUGCGACGGCUAGCCUCCCGCCGCAGGAUGUGUACGAUCCGGACUACUUGAAUACUCGGGUGAUUCUCUUUCGCAACCUCACCUACGAUGAUAUGGUCGAUCAGUCCGCCUCCAAUGCCACCAUCCCCGAUUCCAAGAGCCUCGAUGGCAUGAUCGAGCGCCUAAAGAGUUUAUCCAAUAUUAUGGAAAAGCGCUCAACCUUUUACGACCGCGGAAUGCGACAUUUGGCCGACGAGCGCAAGAAGCGACCGGACGAUUACUCUGGGCGUGCCGAUGGCGAACAAGAGGGAAAGCGACCUAAACACAAGAGAAAGAAGCCCGAUACGCUUGCGCCACAGGAAGGCAAUGUUGAACGUUCGUCUCCCAUGAGAGAUUCCAAACGCAAACACGAUCGCGAAGCAAGCUCCUCGCUAUCCCCCGCUGCCGCCGCUUCACCAUCGGCUAUGGACGUCGAUAACAAGGCCAAGGCGGAAUCAAAGGAAGACGAAGAGUCGAGUUCCGAGGACGAGGGUGCGCCGCCCCGUCGCGAACAACCUCAAGCAAUGACUUUCGGCGAGGAUCCCUCCACCUUCCCUGACCCAACCGUGUACGAGAUUCGACCUACCUACCCCGGCAUGCCAGACGAGGAGCGCAAAGAGAUCUAUUCAGUCGCAACAUACCCCAAGUCUGAUCUCGCUGAUCUCAUUGCGGGAGAUCCGCCCGACAAGGACUUUAGCAAUGCGAAGCCUAGCAGUCAGAUCAACUUUACCACUUUCUCGUCAUACAUCGACCCCUUCUUUCGACCAUUUUCCGAGGAGGACCUGGCAUUUUUGCGCGAGAGAGGAGACCGGGUCACGCCCUUUGUCAUGCCCAAGCGCGGCAAGAGACAUUACACAGAGAUCUGGGCCGAGGAGGACGGCGCAAUGUCGAUCGAUACACCUCAACAAGGCCGCGAUAAGCUCCCACCCAACCAACCGCGCGGAAGCAUCGACAACAUGGAUGACGACGUGGGAGAAACGGACAAGCUAUCUGUUGGCCCUCUGCUGACACGGCUGAUGCAAACCCUUCGACCAGAGGCUCGCGCACAACCUUCAGAUGACAAACCAACAACUAACGGUGCGACUAAUGGAGAUGUCAGUAUGAACGGCGAUGUCAAUGGCGAAGACCAUGCUGGAGGUUCUGAUGAAAAGUCAAACCCCCAACAACCGGCAGCAUUUAUGCCAGAGUCAUCUACAGAGGCUUGGAAGAAGGCAUCACAUCCGAAGUUGGAGUACUCGCAAGUCGAUGAGCGCAUCAAACAGGAACUGAGGCACAUUGGCUUUCUACCUCUUGAAGGAUUUGAGGCCGAGUUUGACGGGCACUACGACGACGAGGUGGCAGCGAGACUACGUCUCCUUCAAGGCCGACUGAAGGACCAGAUGCUGAUCAACGGCGCACGCAAAGCGCGGUUGACGGAAUUGGUGCGCGAGCGUAUGGCUUACCAAGAAUACCAGACUAUCUUGGAAGAUCUCGACACCCAGGUCCAGGCUGCGUAUCUCAAGCGCACACGGACAAUUGGCAAGAGCAAGAAGACAAAACGCCCUGGAGGCGCGGGUGGAGGCAGUCACUUUGUGGGCAGCGCCGCUGGUAUGGCACGGCCGGGCAUUGGUGACUUGACCAAGACGCUGAUGGAGCGACGCCGACGAUGGAUCGACACUAUCGGGUCGGUGUUUGACGACGAAAGCCUGCGCAAAGUGCCAAGGGUGGCAGACGAAGGUAGCUCCAUCUUCAAGACGGGAGACAUGGCGGACCUGCUCGAGAAGGAAAAGGAGCAGUGGGAUGAGGAAGUUGAGGAGGAAUAG